AUGCCGUCGUGCACCACUCCAACCUUCGGUGUCACGUCGCAACUCGAAACCCAGAACGCGGAGUCUCCGUCACGUUCCUCGAUUCUGACGCCUACGUCGUUGGAAGAUGAGACCAGCCCUCGAAAGAGAUUUCCGCUGAUUGAGACGAAUAUCAGCGCUUCGGAUCGUUGGCCGCCAGCUCCUCGGCGAGAUGGAUGGAGCUCGGUUCGCGCACCGCCACCAGCACGUCUCUCCCUUCACACCAACCACAGAAGCAUGCUUUCGCCAAUAUCCAGCGCUUACAGUCAGACACCGAACUCGCUUCUCUCACCGACAAUGUUUCAUCCGAAGACUCGAAGCAUCUUCUCACCAACUCUCCCCUCUACACCGAUGAGCUACGGAAAGUCGUCUAUGGACAAGAGUCUAUUCUCUCCAACCACCACCGAGCCAGUAGAGGCGGAAGCGACUGUCGAGUACUUGGCCGAGCUUGUCAAGGAGAAGAAGCAUCUGACACUGUUCCCACACAUGUUCGUCAACGUCGAGCGUCUUUUGGAUGAUGAGAUCGGACGUGUUCGUGUGGCGUUGUUCCAGACCGAGUUUCCACGUGUCGACUUGCCAGAGCCUGCUGGGGACAUGGUUUCAAUUACCGAGAAGAUCUAUGUGCCAAAGAAUGACUAUCCAGACUACAACUUCGUCGGAAGAAUUCUUGGACCACGUGGAAUGACUGCCAAGCAGCUCGAACAAGACACUGGAUGCAAGAUAAUGGUUCGCGGAAAGGGAUCGAUGCGUGAUAAGUCGAAGUUGUUGAAGGAAAGCGCUCAUCGUGGAAAAGCCAACUGGGAACACCUCGAGGACGACCUGCACGUUCUUGUUCAAUGCGAGGACACCGAGAAUCGUGUGCACCUCAAGUUGCAGGCUGCUUUGGAGCAGGUCAAGAAGUUGCUCGUUCCAGCUCCAGAAGGAACUGACGAGUUGAAGAGAAAGCAACUCAUGGAGCUUGCUAUCAUCAAUGGAACGUAUCGUCCGAUGAAAUCUCCGAAUCCAGCUCGCAUGAUGACUGCCGUCCCACUGCUCUCUCCGACUCCAAUUCGCAGCCCAGGACCGGUCAUGCUGUCGCCAACAGGAACUGGAGUACCGACCAGCACUUUCGGAGGUUCCAUCUUGAGCCCGACUCUUGCUGGAUCCAAUGGAAUGCUCGGCUCCAACAUCUUCGAUUACAACCUGCUGAGCCCAAGCAUGUUCGACUCGUUCAGUUCUCUGCAGUUGGCCAGCGACUUGGCAUUCCCGAAGUAUCCAACGACCACCUCGUUCGUCAACUCGUUCCCCGGACUCUUCACAUCUGCCUCGUCCACCAACAGCCAGAACACCACCAUCAACAACACUCAGAAUAUGUCGCCGAUUCCAAGUGGGAGUAGCCAAUCGGCUUCUUCCGUCAACAACACCUCUUUCUAA